UUCUUUGCUUCACAGCAAGAAACAAUGCCGAAGGAGCAAACAGUUGAGAUCUAUAGUAUUCUGAUUUCUAAGGGCAAUAGUUUACUUUCUCUGCAGAAAAACUGAUCUUCAUUCUGUCUUUACAGAGGGAACGUGGGAUGUGUCUCGGGUCGGUUGGGUGUGGAUAUAAGAACUCCCAGCCUUGAAAAGAACAUCCUGUUCCUGGUCUGAAGAUAUUGAAACAUUAAUUACCCUUAGAGUAGAGCUUUCUUCUACAAUGUCUGAAGAAGUGACCUACGCGACACUCACAUUUCAGGAUUCUGUUGCAGCAAGAAAUAAUCGGGAUAGAAAUAACCUAAGGAAAAGAGGGUAUCCAGCUCCAUCCCCCAUAUGGCAUCAGGCUGCCCUGGGUCUGCUCACUCUUUGUCUGAUGCUGCUGAUUGGGCUGGUGACCUUGGGGAUUAUGUUUUUGCAGACAUCUAAUGAAAUUAACUCAGAUUCAGAGAAACUGAGUCAACUUCAGAAAAUCAUCCACCAACAGCAGGAUAACUUAUCCCAGCAGCUGCGCAACUACAGGAACUUUCCCAUGGAGAAGGAAUUUCUCAAGUCACAGAUCUCCAGUCUAUUGAAGAGGCAGAGACAGAUGGCCAUCAAACUCUGCCAAGAGCUAAUCAUUCACGCUUCAGACCACAAAUGUAAUCCUUGUCCUAAGACCUGGCAAUGGUACCAAAACAGCUGCUAUUAUUUUGCGACAAAUGAGGAGAAAACCUGGCCUAACAGUAGAAAAAGCUGCAAGGAUAAGAACUCCACGCUGGUGAAGAUAGAUAGCCUGGAGGAAAAGGAUUUUCUGAAGUCACAGCCAUUACCCAAGUUUCCUUUCUUCUGGUUGGGAUUAUCAUGGGACCCAUCUGGCAGAAGAUGGCUAUGGGAGGAUGGUUCUAGCCCCUCUCCAUCCUUAUUUAGUACUAACGAAUAUGCCCAGGUCAAUGGAUCCAAAGGCUGUGCUUAUUUUCAAAGAGGGAAUAUUUAUAUUUCCCGCUGCAGUGCUGAAAUUUCUUGGAUUUGUGAGAAGACAGCUGCAUUAGUGAAGAUUGAAGAUUUGGAUUAAUAUGCUUCCUUCAAAUUCACCAGGAAGUAACGGACUUGUGAAUAAGCUGAUGUGAGGAAGGAAAGAGCUACACUAUUCGAGCCCAAAACAGAUUAAAUAGUGACUGUGUACUUAAACCAUCAGGCAACAGGUGAAUAAAUCUGCUUCACAGA